AUGCAAUGCCAUGGUGCCCUGAAGAGGCCUCUCCGAUCCAUCAUCAAGUCCAUCGGCGUCAACAGCAAUCCACCCCCCUCUCCCAGACAUGGCCUCUCCCCCGACCUCGCACGCGACCACUCCCGCGGAACUCACAGCAGCCAAAGCACGCAUAGAGGAGAUCCGCGAGAUGGCCAUCAGUCGCGGCAACCUGAUGAACAAUGGCGCCUACCGCACUUCGAGCCAGGCUGGUUCCCUGGCCAAGGAAAUCAUGGGCUGGGUCGACGAGCUCUCCACACUAGCAAAACUCCAUCGCAGCGCCGACGACCUAUUCGAUCGCCUCGUCAUUUUCACACUGAUUUGGGGCAUGGACGAGAUGAAACGUCGGGCGCAGGGACGAAAAGAGGGGAGAGCGGAGAGGGCGACAAAGCGCGAGAAACACCGACGGAUGCCCAAGACCAAGGACUUGCUCAUAUCGAGCAUGACCGCGAUGGCAGCGAAGCGAUGACAGUGCGCCGUGUGGAAGGACCUGUAGCCCCGCUACAUCGCCCCGUAUACUCCAAUGGGAAAGCAUCUACGCCCUUUGAGGAUGUUGUUCGUGCGGCAGAGAAGAGGCCAAUCGAUGGAACAUACCGUGUCAAAAGUGGUGACGAGCUCAAGGUACGCUACUUUGACGCAUAUCGUUCCGGCCAGCAAGAUCGCCUACGGAAGAGCUUUCAUCGAUGGCAAAUACAAAAAGAGCGACACUUGCAUCCCAGCUCGGACGACUGGCGCAAGGUUCUGUACCUGCUUGAAGAUGCUACUCCCAGUGGCGAAGAGCACUUCAAGAAAACACUGGAGGCGGUCGAUCUGCCACUGAAUGCAUCUGUCAGAGUCAAGGGCAAUGUGGGCGCCGCAAUAUUGGACAUCAUGCAGCGAACAGGAAGUCAUAUGCAAAUCGGCACAGGUGCCUUGCAUGGCAAUGCAUCCCGUCGCAAUAAGGACUUUCUUUCCUCAAUAAGUCUUCUAGGCACAGCACAAGAAAACGCUGCUGCACUGAGAAUUCUUCCGCGGUACGUCGAGGUCGUUGACCCAAAAGGAGAUGGGCGAACCCGGAACCUUGGUGAUCUUUCUCUACGCUCGCCAGACAAGAGCUAUUGGGACGAACAAGACACUCUCUCCGAAGCCGAAAUUGAGCGACUUGAGAACGCGCUGGACCAGGUCACAGACUCAACAGAUCGGCUGACAAAACCUGCAAUGCCUGUCCGUGCUAUCUGGGUGGUAGAUCGCCUUAAAAGGGACUCCUCGAUUUCCCCUGAACGACUUCUUCAGCGCCCGGCGUCCUGGACGACUGCCAAGUUGACCCUUUACAUUGAACGUCUCACAGAGAAGCGGCCGAGAUUAGUGAUGCAGCGCUUGUCACACCACAAAAAAACCGCAAGUUCUCACGUGGGUCACAUUAACAUCGUCACUGAAGAGCUCAAAACUCUGCUCACCGACGAAGCAGCCAUCAAACAUCUAGCCGCCUCAACACUGGACCGAGCGCUCCAGUAUCUGACAAAGCAUAGCAAGUACCAUGUUUUCCGGAAGAUCUUCAAUUUCCUGGAACACAACGGCUACGAAUUUGUCGUGUCAAACUGGAAUGUCUUGUUGGCCGCCGCGGCUAGAGCAGGUGAUGUGUCCAACUUCAGCUACAUCCUCAAACUCAUGAUCGAUCGCAAAGUCCCACCAACGCCCGUGACCUGGGCAUUGUUUCACGAUCUCAUGUCUCGCCGCUUUCCUCUCGAGGCCGGGACUGUUGUGGAGAUAAUGAGGAGGAAAGGUCUUCUAAAUCACAACAAGGCUGCGUCGUUGAUCGCGGCGAACUCGGCAACCAAUGAUCUGACUGCACACCUGGCAAUGAAAGGCGACCUUGACUCGUUCUAUAGGCUCUACGAUAACAGAUUUGGCCUAUCAUAUGGGCAAUCCGGUUUCGAAUGGCUCAGCAUUAACGUCGUCAACCGCAUGUCUGGCGUCCUACUUGCUGCUGGAAAAGUCCACGACGCAUUCACUAUGCUUCAAGAAUAUCAGAAGAGAAGUCGUGCAAAGAAUCAGAUGGCUGCGCCGGAAACAUCGACUUUGAACAUUUUCCUGACAUCCGCUCUCCGCGCUCGAAACCCCGCCACGGCAAUUGCGAUACUGCAACGAUUUCGAGUAUCGCAGCCUGGAGCCAUCGCUCCCGACCACAUCACAUACUCGAUUCUUUUCAUAAUUGCUUGGCGACAGAAGCACUACAACAUGCUUAGGGUCGUUUGGCGAUACGCUUGCGCAGCGGGUCACGUUGGCUAUUCGAUGCAAACCAGGAUACAAUCCAGCAUGCUCUGGCAGCCACCGAAAGAUCUUCCACUGGAGGAGACUGGCGCCAUGAAACAAUUGUGGAUGACGUUCGCGGCCAAGUUCGCAGCCGGUUUGAACGGUCAGCAAUGCCUGCAAAGCAAAGGCCUGGCCGAUUCUGAAGAUAGAACAGCUGCAAGUCCAAACUUUUCGGACGUGGACUCGACCCUUGUGCGCCUCGCCUCGCAAACGUAUAUGGCACUAGACUCAUCGGAAUAUCACGAGUAUCAGAAAGAGGCCGAUGGCGUACUCCGAAGCGACCUCUCCCAGGUGCAAAAGGUGGCACCUGUCCUCCCGUUUGCAGAUGUUCUGGCAGAAGCAUUGAGGAAAGAUGUAGAGUGGUGGGAGAAAGGCAUCGGAGGCCCACGAGGCGUGCUCGCAGCAGGUGGAAUACGAGAGAUGUUCACAGAGAUGGUGCAGAAAGGCGUUCAAAUUCCAAUCAUGGAUGGCGAUUACACCAAGGAUGCAAGGCCGUGGGAGCUACCGUACAUUUUGAACGAUAGGAGGGUGAACGACCGAGCGUAG